UCUGCAAAACGCUAGCUCACAGUCAGUGUGAGGGGAAAAAUAGAUAUACGCCGAUUUUAUUAUUUUUUUAAACCAGUAAAGGGGUUGAAACUGAAACAGUAACAUCCUCUGAUGCUGAGCAGGAAAACAAGUGUUGAUUGUUGACCAUGGGUGACUGGAGUUUCUUGGGCAACAUCCUUGAGGAAGUCAAUGAGCACUCGACAGUGAUCGGUAGGGUGUGGCUGACCGUGCUCUUCAUCUUUCGCAUCCUGAUCCUCGGCACUGCAGCAGAGUUUGUGUGGGGCGAUGAGCAGUCAGAUUACGUCUGCAACACGCAGCAGCCCGGUUGCGAGAACGUCUGCUAUGAUGAGGCCUUCCCCAUUUCACACAUACGCCUGUGGGUUCUGCAGAUCAUCUUUGUCUCCACACCAUCACUGGUGUAUGUGGGCCAUGCCGUGCACCAUGUUCACAUGGAGGAGAAACGUAAGGAACGUGAGGAGGCAGAGCUGAGCCGACAACAGGAGACGAGCGAGGAACGGCUGCCAGUUGCUCCUGACCAGGGCAGUGUCCGUACGGCCAAAGAGACCAGCACCAAAGGCAGCAAGAAGUUCCGCUUGGAAGGCACACUGCUCAGAACCUACAUCUGCCACAUCAUCUUCAAGACACUCUUUGAGGUAGGGUUUGUCUUGGGCCAAUACUUCCUGUACGGCUUUCGCAUCCUGCCACUGUAUAAGUGCAGCCGCUGGCCCUGUCCCAAUACAGUUGACUGCUUCGUGUCCAGGCCAACUGAAAAGACUGUCUUCAUUAUCUUUAUGUUAGCUGUGGCCUGUGUUUCACUCUUCCUCAACUUUGUAGAGAUCAGCCACUUGGGCCUCAAGAAGAUUCACUUUGCAUUUCGCAAACCAGCCCAGCCCCAAAUCGAGGGAUCUGGUGCAGGUGAGAAGCCUUCCAUAGCUGUGUCCUCUAUUCAGAAAGCCAAGGGCUACAAGUUACUUGAUGAGGACAAAACAGUUUCACACUUCUUUCCCCUGACUGAAGUGGCCGGCAUGGAGGCUGGGUGUGUGCCCACAUCCUAUAAACCAUUUGUGGGAAAAACAGAUGGAGCGACAGCACCACUAGAAGACCGGUCGAAGAUGUAUGACGAGACGUUGCCCUCUUAUGUCCAGACUACCAUGGUGGGGCCCCGAGGAGCUUCUGGUGUUAUUCGGGUGGAUGAUGACGAGAUGCCUGCAGAAGAAGACGUGGAAGCCAGUGAGACAAUAGAGGACACCAGACCCCUCAGUAGCCUGAGCAAGGCCAGCAGCCGGGCAAGGUCAGAUGACUUGACAGUAUAAAAUUAGAUUAAAAUUCAACAAUAGGAAAGUGUAAUCCUACUGAAGAAAGAGUUAGAAGGUCUUAGGGCAGUUGUAAUGACACAUGUAAACAUCAUGCUAUUUAAACAUGCCAAGCAAUUUUUCCCAAGAAUACUUGACUUCAAUAAUCCUUUCUAGAGCAGUAAUGUUUUACUGGCUUUAUCAAAUGAAUUGGAAACAACUAACUAACUAACUAAAAGAAAGAUUCUCAGUAGGAUUCAUAUAAUGAGGAGCAAUAAGGCAUGAUAUAUAUUAGCAAAAAAAAAGUUGCUUUUUUUUUUUUUUUUUUUUUU